CCUCCCAGCAUUCAGCGGGCGCGCGGGCGGCGGGCGCCUUCGUCCCGGCUGCUGCGGACCCGGGGCGGGCGGAGGCGGCCGGCGGCGGCCGCUGAGGCAGCGCGGAGUGGACCGGGUGGAGGAGGGGCCGACGGUGCACACCCGCCCGCCAUGAAGCCCCCGGCAGCCUGUGCAGGAGGCGCCCUGGACACAGCAUCCCCGUGCUCCGUGGAGAACUACCUAAGAUGGGACCUGAGCGCCCAGCAAAUAGGGGAGCUCACCGUGGAGCUCAUCGAGCAAACUAAGCGUGUGUAUGACCAGGUGGGCGCGCAGAAGUUUGAAGACGUGUCCUACGAGAGUACCCUCAAGGCGCUGGCUGAUGUGGAGGUGUCCUACACAGUUCAGAGGAAUAUCCUGGACUUCCCGCAGCACGUGUCUCCCUCGAAGGACAUCCGGACGGCCAGCACAGAGGCGGACAAGAGGCUGUCCGAGUUCGACGUGGAGAUGAGCAUGAGGCGCGACGUGUACCAGAGGGUCGUCUGGCUGCAGGAGAAAGUGCAGAAGGACUCGCUGAGGCCAGAGGCCAUGCGGUACCUGGAGCGACUGAUCAAGCUGGGCAGGAGGAACGGGCUGCACCUGCCGGAGGAGACUCAGCAGAAAAUCAAGAGCAUCAAGAAGAAGCUGAGUCUCCUGUGCAUCGACUUCAACAAGAACCUGAACGAGGACACGACCUUCCUGCCACUCACGCGCGAGGAGCUGGGAGGCCUGCCGGAGGACUUUUUGAACUCUCUGGAGAAGAUUGGGGAUGACAAGUUGAAAGUCACCCUCAAGUACCCCCAUUAUUUUCCUCUCCUGAAGAAGUGCCACGUGCCCGAGACCAGGAGGAAGCUGGAGGAGGCCUUCAACUGUCGCUGCCAGCAGGAGAACUGUGCCAUUCUCAGAGAGCUGGUGACCCUUCGGGCCCAGAAGUCCAGCCUGCUGGGGUUCAGCACACACGCCGACUACGUCCUGGAGAUGAACAUGGCUAAGAACAGCCAGGUGGUGGCCACUUUCCUAGAUGAGCUGGCCCAGAAGCUGAAGCCCCUCGGGGAGCAGGAGCGGGCCGUGAUCCUGGAGCUGAAGAAGGCCGAGUGCGAGAGGCGGGGCCUGGACUUCGACGGGCGCAUCAACGCCUGGGACAUGCGCUACUACAUGAACCAGGUGGAGGAGACGCGCUACAGCGUGGACCAGAACCUGCUCAAGGAGUACUUCCCCAUGCACGUGGUCACCGAGGGCCUGCUCGGCAUCUACCAGGAGCUGCUGGGCCUUACCUUCCACCUGGAGGAGAGCGCCGCGGUGUGGCACGAAGACGUGAAGCUGUACUCCGUGCGGGACUCGGCCUCCGGGAGGCUCGUCGGCAAGUUCUACCUCGACCUCUACCCAAGGGAGGGGAAGUACGGGCACGCGGCCUGCUUCGGCCUGCAGCCAGGCUGCCUGCGGCAUGAUGGGAGCCGCCAGAUCGCCAUCGCGGCCAUGGUGGCCAACUUCACCAAGCCCACCCCGGACGCGCCCUCGCUGCUGCAGCACGACGAGGUGGAGACCUACUUCCACGAGUUCGGGCACGUGAUGCACCAGCUGUGCUCUCAGGCGGAGUUUGCCAUGUUUAGCGGGACGCACGUGGAGCGGGACUUCGUGGAGGCCCCUUCGCAGAUGCUGGAGAACUGGGUGUGGGAGAAGGAGCCGCUGCUCAGGAUGUCCCAGCACUACAAGACCGGCGGCGCCAUCCCCCAGGAGCUGCUGGAGAAGCUCAUCAAGUCCCGGCAGGCCAACACAGGUCUCUUCAACCUGCGCCAGAUCGUCCUGGCCAAGGUGGACCAGGCCCUGCACACCCAGACCGCCGCAGACCCCGCGGAGGAGUACGCCCGCCUCUGCCGGGAGAUCCUUGGGGUCCCAGCCACGCCAGGGACCAACAUGCCUGCAACCUUCGGCCACCUGGCAGGCGGCUAUGAUGCCCAGUACUACGGCUACCUGUGGAGCGAGGUGUACUCCAUGGACAUGUUCCACACGCGGUUCAAGCAGGAGGGCGUCCUCAACGGCAAGCAGGUCGGCAUGGACUACAGAAGCUGCAUCCUGCGGCCUGGCGGCUCCCAGGACGCUAGCAUCAUGCUGAAGCUCUUCCUGGGCCGAGACCCCAAGCAGGAUGCCUUCCUCCUGAGCAAAGGGCUGCAGGUGGACAGCAGCGAGCCGCCGGCCUGCUGACGCCCCAGGCGCUGCCGGCCCCGGCCCCAGCCCCGGGCUCAGCGCCCCGACCCCGGCUUCUGCCAUCCUGUUGCCUUAGCUCCCGGACGGGGCACGGGGUGGCCCGCAGCUCCGGGUGGGGGGUCGGGACAGGGUGAGCAGAUGGGGUGUCCGUCCUCCCUGUCCGUUCCUCCUGGCUGGUCUCCACAGGCCACCCCCACUUGGCGGCCGGCCUGGGCUGAUGGGCUCUUAUCCUCGAGAGGCCUGGAAAGCUCAUGUCCCGUCAAGCCCGCCAGUUCGUUGCACUAAUCCAUCCCUCUCUCGGGAAGUGUUGUGAGUGGAAAGAUGGUGGUUCUUGAAAUGCAGCCAUUAAAAGAAAAGGAAA